GUUUCCGGAUUGUACCUUUUUCUCCCAUCACUAGAAAUCCUAUAUAAGCCCUCCCUUAAUCUAAGUUUUUGCUCACAAGAAACCUGGCCUCCAGCCAUGGGGACCUACUCUUUUCUUUUCUGCCUGGCAGUUUUAACUGUAACCGUCAGCGGAUGUCCUGUUGGCCGUGAAUUCAUCACUGCUUUCAUGACAAAUUACCAAUAUGGAAAGGCGAGUCUGAGUGUCUCUAUAACAGCACAAAAUGCCCCCGCCACUGUGAAAAUCGAGAUAAAGGCACUGAGUUACAGUGAAACUGUGAGCAUUGGACGAGGUGAGACCAGAAAGGUCAUCCUCCCACAAAACGCUGAGAUUGAAGGUGACGGAACUUUCCGUAAAACCGUGUACAUCUCUUCCAAUGCCGAUAUCACAGUCGCUUCAGCCAACUUAAAGGAAUUCACCGGAGACACCACUGUGCUCCUCCCGGUAAAUGAACUUGGCAAACGUUAUGUAGUUUUUACUCCAAACACGGGUCCAAGUCCAUACAAAAAGGAGAUAGCCAUAAUCAACGGCAAUUCUCAAAACACAAUCAGCAUUCUCUCCGGUAAAAAAAAUCUUUGGACAUUAUUUUUUGGAAGGACCAAAACCAUCACUUUGGCUCCCUAUGAAGUUUAUCUACAACGCAGUGCUGACACGUUGACUGGAAUGCAAAUCACAUCCAAGUUUCCAGUAGCUGUCCUGGCAGGGCAUGAGUGCUCCAUGAUCGUAGGCACCUGUGAGCAUAUCUUUGAGCAGCUGGUGCCAGUUGAGUCUCUCUCCAACGAAUACCUGAUCCCUGCAAUGCAUCAGUCCUCCAGCCAGGACAAAGCCUAUGUGGUUGCCCCAGAUGACAACACUGUUGUGAGCAUUUUCACUAGGCAUAGUUACUAUUCAACAAAAAGAAAUCUGAAUGCUGGAGAGGUUUAUGCCGUUGAUGUGAGCAAUAACGCAGCGAUGAUUCGAAGUAACAAAAAAGUUAUGGUGAUGUAUCUCAGUAGCAAUUAUCCCAAUGAUGAGUUUCUCACCAAUCUCAUACCCACCUCUGAGAUGUCAAAAUCAUGGACCAUUCACCCUCAAGAUGGCUUCGACUCCACUGUUGUUGUUGUUGCUGAAGCAGCAUCAGCCUCCAGUAUCAGUGGUUCAUUUAAGUGGAAGAAAUUCACUGCUAAUGAAAAGUUUGUAUGGGCUAAUAGGCCACUUGGAUUACAGAAAGGUCCCAUCACCAUAUCUGGUAAUUCGCUGAUGGCUGUUUAUGUUUUUGGUGGGAAAGUAAGGCACGGUUAUGGCUCAACAGGAGUGUGUAACACAGGUUUUACGCAAACGCCGGUUCCAGUAGACCCCUGUGAAAAUGUUAAGUGCCGUCAGCAGGAGGUGUGCAAAAAGGGUGUCUGCGUCCCCACUGCCACCGUCACAUGUCAUGCAGUUGGCGAUCCCCAUUACAAAACUUUCGACGGGAAACUGUUCGACUUUCAGGGAACUUGUACCUACGUCAUGGUCAACAAUACAAAGAUUCAGAACGGCCUCACACCUUUUACCAUCUUGGCAAAGAAUAAUAACCGGGGAAGCAAAAGGGUGGCAUAUGUAAGGACGGUUUCUGUCCUUGUGUACAAUCAUGAAGUGGUGGUUGGCGGCAAAAAAGGAGUAGUAGAGAUUGAUGGUGAAAACGCUUACCUGCCUUUGACUAUAGAUGGUGGCAAAAUAAAAGUGAAUCAGAGAGGAUGGAAUGUUAUUAUAUCAACAGAUUUUGGCUUGGAGGUGACAUAUGACUGGAACAUGAUGUUGUAUAUCACAGCUCCAAAUAGCUACUUCCAGACCGUAGGUGGACUUUGUGGAAACUACAACGGCGACCAAAAAGAUGAAUAUGUUGAUCCCAAAGGCAAAGUGCUCACCAAUAUCAUUGACUUUGCCAAGUCCUGGAAGUUUCCAGAUAAUGAUUUGUUUUGCACUGAUGAGUGUAAUGGAGAAUGCCCAAGUUGCUCUCCAAAUCUUCAAGAGGAGUACCGCAAAGAGACAAACUGCGGUGUCAUGACUAAAAAGGAUGGGCCAUUUGCUGUUUGCCACAACACUGUGGAUCCCCAGAUGUAUGUAGAUAACUGUGUCUACGAUGUCUGUAUUAAUAACGGUCGGAGAAACUUCCUCUGCAACAACAUUCAAAGCUAUGUCGGAGCUUGCAUGUCAGCUGGAAUCAAGAUCGUUGGAAACUGGAGGACAGAUGCUAACUGUCCACUGGAUUGUCCAGUCAAUAUGCAUUACGAAGCCUGCGGCACAGCCUGCGCUGCCUCUUGUGCCGAUCAAAAUGCCCCCAACAAGUGCACGGUGCCAUGUGUGGAGGGCUGCCAAUGCAAUGCAGGGUUUGUCCGCAGUGGAGAUGAAUGCAUACCUGUGAAAAACUGUGGCUGCACUUACAAAGACCGAUAUUAUCCAGCCGAGCAGACAUUUUGGGGCAACCAAAAGUGCACAGAGAAAUGUGUGUGCAAAAAUGGAAAAGUUGAUUGUACAGCGGCAAAAUGUAAGAAAUCCGAAGCGUGUGAUACACGGAAUGGAGUGAGAGAUUGUUAUCCAACUUCUUAUAGUACCUGCCAGGCUGCAGGGGAUCCACACUACCGCACAUUUGAUGGUAAAGCCUUUGACUUCCAAGGGACUUGCACUUAUUAUUUGUCCAAACUAAUCAAUACAGCUGACCCAUCACUCGUACCCUUUGAGGUACUGGUCAAGAAUGAGAACAGAGGAAGAAACAUGGCAGUUUCUUUUACCAAGACUGUAUCAUUAACAGUCUACGGACACACAAUUGUCUUGAGUAAAGAUGAUCCAGGCAAAGUGAAGGUCAACAAUCUGUUUGUGAAUUUGCCAUUUGAACAAGAGGAAGGUCGAUUCUCCAUAUUCUACAGUGGCUUCUCUGGUGUGGUAAAAACUGACUUUGAUCUGACUUUGAAUUUCAACUGGGAAAGCCACGUAGAACUGAAACUGCCCAGCACUUACUCUGGUGAAGUGGGAGGGCUUUGCGGCAACUGGAACAACAACGCUAAUGAUGAUUUCCUGACUCCUGCCAAAACUCCUGCUGCAACCCCAACAAUUUUCGGAUCCAGCUGGAAAGUCAAAAAUGACCCCGCAUGCUCAGACGAAUGUCAGGGCAACGCUUGUCCUAAAUGUGACGGCCCAGCGAAAAACCUUGUCACCUUUACAAAGCCUUGCAGCAUGAUCACAGACAAACAGGGCCCAUUUAAAGACUGCCAUAUUAAAGUUAAUCCAAAUCAGUUUUAUGAGGAUUGUUUGUAUGAUAUGUGCAUGUACAAUGGACAUUCAACAGCCCUCUGCGGUGCUCUGACUGCAUACACAGCUGCUUGCCAAAAAGCACUUGGCACCGUGGAAUCCUGGAGAACCAACAAUUUCUGCCCUUCAUCCUGUAUGGAAAACAGCCACUAUGAGGUUUGUGCAACAGGAUGUUCCCAAACCUGCAAUGGCCUCACUCAGCCCGAGGCCUGUAAGGACACUCCCUGCGUUGAAGGCUGUGUAUGUGAUGAGGGCUUUGUCCUGAGCAACGGUGAGUGUGUGGCUAUCGAACGAUGUGGCUGUUCUUAUGAGGGCCGUUAUUACCAACUGGGCCAGAAGUUCUUCCCUCAAGACAAGUGCAAGCAGAGAUGUGUGUGCAAAGAGAACGGAAGAGUUCAAUGUGAUGAUGCAUUCACCUGCAAAGCAAACGAAAAGUGCCAGGUCCUGGAUGGAGUUCAGGGCUGCUUCCCUGAGGGCAAAGCAGUUUGCUCAGUAUCGGGCUUUGGGCUUUAUCAAUCAUUUGAUGGGAGGUCCUUCGCUGUUGAAGGAGACUGUGAGUACAGAAUGGCAGAGACAGUUGAGGACGAGGAUGAGGACAUAAGCUUUUUCAGUUUAGCAGUGAAACAGCAGUCGUCUGAGCCUGCCUUCACCCGAAGAGUUAUUAUACAAAUAGAAGAUACCGAGAUUACUUUGCUGCCCGGCAGCAUCUGGGAGGUUCAGGUGGACAACGUUAAAACCAAUCUGCCAGCGACUCUGGACGAAGGACUAAUAGAAGUCUAUCAGAGCGGUGUUAAUAUUAUUGUGGAAACAAACUUUGGAUUGAAACUGACAUAUGACACAGUCUCAAUGGUCAAAAUUGAGAUCCUGUCCACUUUUAAAAAUAUAGUCAAAGGACUCUGUGGUAACUACAAUGAAAACAGUGCAGACGAUUUCCUCCUGCCAGGCGGUCUUCAGACAAUUUCUGUGGUAGAUUUUGCUCAUGCCUGGGUUUCACCAUCAUACAAACUGACGUGCCAAACAACUUGCGGGCCCAAGUGUUUAAAUCCUGACAAAGACAAACAGAAGGAGGCAGAGAAAGUUUGCGGUCUGCUAAUCUCAGAAAAGGGACCAUUUUCUACAUGUUACGCAAAAAUUCCACCUCAGAAAUAUUUUGAAGAAUGUGUCAAAGAUGUGGCAGUACAACCAAACGACAAGUCAGCUCAUUGUCGCCACAUACAAAGAUAUGUUACUAGCUGUCAAGAGAUUGGGACAUCAGUCAGCAUUUGGAGGAAUAACACCUUCUGUCCACUCACAUGUCUGAAAAACAGUCACUAUGAACUCUGUGCUGACACCUGUACCUCGACCUGUGCAAGCCUGACAAAGUCACAGAAAUGCCCAUUGUGUCAAGAAGGAUGUCAGUGUAAUGAUGGCUUUUUGUUUGAUGGAGGUGAAUGUAGGACUUUGGAUAGUUGUGGUUGUAAUGUAGAUAGAACAUUUUACAAGUCUGGUCAGAUAGUAAUUCGGGAAGAGUGUGCAGAGAAAUGCACCUGCAAAGCUGGAGUGUUCACCUGUGAACCCAUGGAAUGUAAUGAAGAUCAGGUCUGUGGCAUAAAAAACGGUGCCACUGGAUGCUACGACAAAAACACAUACUGUCCAGCCAACAUGCAUUUUGACGCCUGUGCCACAGCCUGUCCUGCAACCUGUGUUGAUCGGGAUGGUUCAGAGGACUGCACUAAAGCAUGUACAGAGGGCUGCGUCUGCAAUGACGGUUUUGUCCGUAGUGGAGAUGACUGUAUAUCUGUGAAGAAGUGUGGCUGCUCUUACAAAGGCCGAUAUUAUCUGCCCAACGAGGCAUUUUGGGGUGAAAAACAAUGCACAGAGAAAUGUGUGUGCAACCCUCAAACUGGAAAUGUUGAGUGCACAUCAUCAAAGUGUAAUCCUGGCCUAUUGUGUGGUACACGGAAUGGAGUGAAAGAUUGUUACCCAUUGUCCUAUAGUACCUGCCAGGCUGCAGGGGAUCCACACUACCACACAUUUGAUGGUAAAUCCUUCAAUUUCCAAGGAACCUGCACUUAUUAUUUGUCCAAAGUACUCAAUACGGCUGACCCAUCACUGAUACCCUUUGAGGUACUGGUCAGCAAUGAUAACAGAGGAGGGAACAAGGGCGUUUCUUUUACCAAGACUGUAUCAUUAACAGUCUAUGGACACACAAUUGUCUUAAGUAAGGAAAGCCCACAGAAAGUGAAGGUCAACAAUCUGUUCGUGAAAUUGCCAUUUGAAGGACAAGAUGGUCGGAUCUCCAUAUUUUAUAGUGGGAACUUUGGUGUGAUAAAAACAGACUUUGGUCUGACUUUGAAAUUCAACUGGGAAAGCCACGUAAUGCUGAUUCUCCCCAGCACUUAUUCUGGUGAAGUAGGAGGGCUUUGCGGCAACUGGAAUGACAAUGCCGAUGAUGAUUUCCUGACUCCUAACAACAACUUUGCUGCAACCCCAACAAUUUUCGGAACCAGCUGGAAAGUCACAAAUGACACCGAUUGCUCAGAUGGAUGCAAGGGCAGCGCAUGUUCUAAAUGUGACGCCGCAGAGAGAAACCAAGACACUUUUACAAAGCCCUGCAGCAAGAUCUUAGACAAACAGGGACCGUUUAAAGGUUGCCAUGAUAAAGUUAAUCCAGCUGAGUUUUACGAGGAUUGUGUGUAUGAUAUGUGCAUGUAUGGUGGCCAACAGCCAGCCCUCUGCAGUGCUCUGGCUGCAUACACAGCUGCUUGCCAAGAUGCACUGGGCAAAGUGGAAUCCUGGAGAACCAACAAUUUCUGCCCUACAACCUGCAAGGCAAACAGCCACUAUGAGAUUUGCGCAACAGGAUGCCUCCAAACCUGCCGUGGCCUCACUGAGCCCAAGAACUGCAAGGGCACCCCCUGUGUUGAAGGCUGCACAUGUGACAAAGGUUUUGUCCUGAGCGACGGUGAGUGUGUGGCUGCGCAGCAGUGUGGCUGUGUUUACAAGGGCCUGUACUACCAACUGGGACAGGAUUUCUUCCCUCAAGACAACUGCAAGCAGAGAUGUACGUGCAAAGAGAAUGGAAAAGUUCAGUGUGAUGAUGGAUUCACCUGCAAAUCAAACGAAAAGUGCCAGUUCCUGGAUGGAGUUCAGGGCUGUUUCCCUGAGGGCAAGGGGGUUUGCACAGUAUUAGGCUUUGGGAUUUAUCAAUCAUUUGAUGGGAGGUCGUUUACUGUUGAAGGAGACUGUGAGUACAGAAUGGUAGAGACGACUCAGAACCAAAAUCAGAAGAACUCUUUCAAUGUAUUAGUGAAACAGCAGUCCUCUGAGCCUGUCUUUACUCGAAGAGUUGAAGUACAAAUAGGAGAAACCAAGAUUACUUUGCUGCCAGGCCACAUCUGGGAGGUUCAGGUUGACAAAGUUAAAACCAGUCUUCCUGCGACUUUAAAUGAAGGACUUGUGCAAGUCUAUCAGAGUGGUGUUAAUAUUAUUGUGAAAACAAACUUUGGAUUGAAACUGGCAUAUGAUACUGUUUCCAUGGUCAGAAUUGAGAUCCCGUCCAAUUUUAAAAAUGCAGUCAAAGGAGUUUGUGGUGACUACAAUGGAAACAGUGAAGAUGAUUUCCGCCUGCCAGGUGGUAUUCAGACGACUUCUGCUGAAUACUUUGCUGAGGGCUGGGUUUCACCAUCAGACAAACAGAUGUGUCACACAGGCUGCGGCUCCAAGUGUUUAGAUCCUGGCAAGGACAAACAGAAAGAGGCAGAGAUAGAUUGCAGAAUGCUAAUCCCAGACAAGGGACCAUUUUCUAGUUGUUACUUAAAAAUUCCACCUCAGAAAUUCUUUGAACAAUGUGUCAAAGAUGUGGCAGCACAACCAAAUGACAAGACAGUUCACUGUCAGCACAUACAAAGGUAUGUUGCCAUCUGUCAAGAGAAUGGGAUUUUAAUCAACAUCUGGAGGAACAACACCUUCUGUCCACUUCAGUGUUCAGGUAACAGUCACUAUGAGCUUUGCACUGACACCUGUGGCUCAUCCUGUGCUAGCCUGACUAAAUUACAGAAAUGCCCACCAUGUCAGGAGGGAUGUCAGUGUGACGAUGGCUUCGCGUUUGAUGGAGGUGAAUGUAAGCCUUUGCAGGAGUGUGGUUGUGCAGUAAAGGGAAAGUUUUACAAGUCUGGUCAGACAAUCGUUAUGGAAAAAUGUGCAGAAAAAUGCCUCUGCAAAGCUGGAGUGUUUUCUUGUCAGCCUAUGAAAUGUGACGCCAAUCAGAUCUGUGACAGCCAAGAUGGUGUCGUUGGGUGCUACAAUAGAGAUCCUUGCACUAACUUUGUGUGCCGUGAACAAGAGCAGUGCACAGUACAGAACAACAGGGCAAUGUGUGUUGCAAAAUCAAAGGCCUCUUGCAUUGCCAAGGGAGAUCCUCAUUACAAAACCUUCGAUGGCAACCACUUCUCCUUCCAGGGUACCUGCUCCUAUACUUUAGUUAAAACUUCAGGCAAAGACCAAACACUAACACCUUUCAAAAUCAUCAACAAGAACGACUUUCUCAAAGGCACACGUGGUUCUUACGUCAGGUCAGCCACCAUUACAGUCAAAGAGCGUGAAAUCACAUUCAUCCGAGGCAGCCGCAAUCGUGUGACAGUUGAUGGCACAAUUUUAAACCUUCCCGUGUUUUUGAAUUCUGAGAAGAUCAGCAUUACCCUUUCAGGUGCUAUAGGGAUUCUGCAGACAGAUUUUGGUUUGGAGGUCCAGUAUAACUGGGCAGAUACCUUUAUGGUGACAUUGUCCAGCAGCUACUACAAUAACGUUGUUGGAAUGUGUGGAACCUACAAUAAUGUUGUAGAGGAUGAUUAUAUCACACCGAAUGGUAACGGCAUAACAGACAUCGCAGAAUGGGCAAAGUCUUGGAGUGUCCCUGAAAGCAACAGCAGCUGCUGGCACUUCCCCCCUUGCUCAGAUGUUAAUAAGCUGCAAUAUAGCGGACCAACCUACUGUGGCUUGUUGUUUAAGGAAUCAGGACCGUUUGCCCAGUGUCGUGACGUAAUAACAAAGAGGCGAUUCGCUGAUGACUGCCUUUUCCAAAUGUGUCUCAAUGAUGGAACCCAGAAAUCUUUCUGCACUUCCCUUAAUCAUUAUGCGCGCGCCUGUGCGCUAGUGAAGGCUGACGUGUCUCCAGAGUGGACGACGCUCGCCAACUGCUGAUGAAGAUGAUGAGGUUUCGUGUAGCCCAAAAAGCAGUGAAUAUGAAAAAAAAAUUAAAUGAAUAAAUCUCUCUUGUGCACUUCACAGUAUACUGACAUAUAGCAAUGUUUCAGUUUCUGUCAAUACUUAAUAACACACUACUUAAUAUGUGAUUUGGUGUUCUAAAAUAGAUGUUUAAGUGAGUUUCUUUUUCUAAAUGACCACAUAUUCAUGGAUGUCAAUUCGUCCUGUCCACAAAUCAGACUGUUAUUGAUCCUGGGUUAAACUGUUCUGUAUAUUCUUUCAAGUGCCUCCAUACUUAACAUAUUUCCAAUAUAUAUGACAUUAAUAAACUUAGUAAAUUCUUGCAUUUCA